AUGCUCACCUCCGUGGGUAGGGUCGCCGUUCGUCGCGUUGCUCCCUCUGCCCAAUUGAUCUGCCGCCAGUCCGCUGUUGCAACUGCGCUUCCCAUCCGAAGCUUCACGGCCUCAACAUGGUCAUCCUCUCCUACCGCGAGCGAUAAGAAACCCGCCAAGAAGACCACGACCAGCACCAGCACCAAGAAAGCCACCGGUACCACCACUGCGACCAAGUCCAAGUCCAAGGCUACUGAAACCAAGCCCAAGGAUAAGGUCAAGGCUAAGUCUAAGGCCAAGGCUGCUGCGGAAAAGUCCAAGCCCAAGAAGGUUGUGGACCCUGAGAAGCUCAAGAGACUUGAGAUCAGGGAACUCAAGAAAUGGGCCCUCAAGGACAAACCUGCCCAGCUACCAUCUUCUAAAUGGCUCCUAUACAUGUUUGAGCAGAGAGGAAACCACCUGGGCGCUGGCGGAAUCAUUGAGCAAGCCAAGGAAAUGGCAGAGAAGUUCCGCCAACUCAGCACAUCUGAGAUGGAUGACCUUGACCGCAGAUCAUCUAUGAACCGUGAGAAGAACCAAGAGAACUACAAGGUUUGGCUUGAGGCUCACGAGCCUGCUCGCGUACACCUGGCCAACAAGUGCCGCCGUCGUUUAGCAUUCUUGACUGGCAAGCCCGAGAAGAUGAUUAGCGACGAGCGCCUGCCCAGUCGCCCACAAGGCUCGUAUUCCUUGUAUCUCACUGAGCACCACCCAGGUUCUACCCCCACAACCUCUGCCUCCGAACAAUUCAAGAUACUUGCUGGGGAUUGGAAGCAACUCAGCUCAGCCGAGAAGGCUCGCUACGAGGAGAAGGCCGCUGAAAUGUCAAUCAAGUACAAGGCUGAGAUUGAAAAGCUGGAUGCCCGCGCAAAUGCUAUUCAGGAGGCUGCUGAGCAUGUCAAAUAA